AUGCCCAUAUUUGGAGACCAUACUCUUACUGCAGUGACCAUCAAAGUGAAUCAGCUAGUAGAGCACAAGAAUGAUGAAUUGGAAGACGCAAUGGAACUAUACUUGUCCGAUCUACUUGGAUUGAUCAAUGUUCAACGCCAAUCAGGUGCAACAGAGGCAGCCAGAGCUAUCAGGAAAAAGAUCAAAUAUGGUGAUAGUGUAAAAGAACAGAUCCGAGCGUUACAGCUAUUGGAGCUUUUAGUGCUCAACUCUGGUGUCAAAAUUGGUCCCAUAAUUGCUCGUGAUGACAAGUUGUUGGAUGUUUUGAAAGGAAUUCUCAAUGGCCAUGGUAAAACUGGCUCGGGGACCAGCUACAACCCGAAAGUAGGGAAAACUGUGACCAGCAUGGCAGUUGGAUGGAAAUCAGAACUUGAUGGCUUGAAAGGGUACGAAUAUAUGCAAGGCUUGUACAAGGCGAUUCCUGGUGUGAAGAAGCGCUCUAAAGCUUUGUCUCUGUCCAAUAAUGGCGGAUCUCAACGUGGAGGUGGUAGAGCUGAUGAAAAUGAAGAUGGGUUUGACGAUGAUUCCGAUCCUUAUGGCGACGACCAUGCCCUUGAUGAUGACCGUUCAGUUUCGGAUUCGCCUCAACCGCGAGUGAAGUCGCCAAAAGUUCCUCCUCCACGUCCUACUACAGCAUCACCAUAUUCAGUUAAUAAUAAAAAGACUUCUAACAAGAAGGACAGGUCGAAAAAUAAGAAGAGUAAAAAGAAGAGAUCGAAGAAUGGGAUUGUUUACGCUGAUUCCGAGUACGGUAUCCCACAAAUAAAUUACAAAUUGGAGGCACCAAAGAUUAGGAAAGUAUUGACAGAGUGCAACGACAACUCGAUAACUUUGAACAACCAAUUGUUGCAACUUCCACCUGACACAAUGCCUCAAGACGAUGACGAGAUUAUGGCAACAUUCCAGAAAUGUAAAAAGAAUAGACGCAAGGUUUUAAAAUAUUUGCAAUUUGUCGGUGCUGGUGAUCCUCUGGAGAAAUCACUGGAAGUCGCAAAACAAGACGAAGAAUUUUUGGCCAAGUUGAUAUACGCAAAUGAGCAAUUGGUUGAGACGUUUAAGAAAUUUGAUAUUAAGGCUGGAUACUCACAAACCAACCCCGCCCCUGCUGAGGAGGAAGAAUUGAGUGAAAGUGACGAAAGUUACUAUUCAACUGAUGAUGACGAUGAAGAGAUGGACGAGAACGAGCUUCCAGGUGAGGAUCUGAUCGCUGCUAGAUUGCAAUCUGUCACUUUAGAAAAUAAACGACCACCUCCACCACCACCACCAUCACUGCAACAUUCUGUGUCCCAAGCCUCGAAAUAUACUGGCCCAGAGCAACUUGAACUGACCAAAGAGCUCGCACGCCCAGGUCUCGCCAAAAUGGAAACCAGCGAAUCCUUAGGGGACCCAUUUGGUGAUAAACAUACGGUUGAUAAAGUUGACUCUGUGUACUAUUAG